CGCCAUCAUUAUUACCUAACCUCAAAUAAUUCAAUAUUUUCAUUUACUGAAAAACUCAAAAUAAAUUUUUUAUAAUUAAAAAUGUUUAAGAAAUUCGACGAGAAAGAAAGUAUAUCCGGAGUCUUGCAGCUGAAAUCUUCAGUGCAAAAGUCGAUCAGAUCGAAAAUUUUGGAGUCUUAUCCGUUUUUGGAUACUUAUUUGGAAGUAGUUUUACCCAAAAAGGACGCUUUUAAAAUAGUAAAAUGUCACGAUCACAUUGAAAUUAUAGUCAAUUCGGCUGGGGAACAGCAAUUUUUCAGGCAUCGAGAAGAUCCUUUCUUUUUACCGAUGCAACAAGUAGACAAAGGAGCGAUCAGAUUUGUACUUAGUGGUGCUAAUAUAAUGUGUCCGGGUCUCACUUCGCCCGGGGCUCAGAUGACUGAAGUACCCAAAGACACUAUUGUGGCUAUAAUGGCCGAAGGCAAGGAUCAUGCUUUGGCUAUAGGAAAGACUACGUUGUCCACUGAAGACAUGUAA